UUGGCUGGGGCUGCGGGGGCGGCGACGGCGGGAGCGGCAGUGGCGGCGGCGGCGGGUCCGGAGGUGGCGGCAGGUGGCCCCGCGCGCAGCGGCCGGCCCGGCCGGGGGCGGGCGGGAAGGUGGUGCCUCGGGCGGGGGCCGGUCCCUGCACCAGGUGACCUGUUCCGGCCCGGAUCCGGGCGGCCUCGCCAUGCAGCGGCGCGGCGCGGGGCUCGGGUGGCCGCGGCAGCAGCAGCAGCAACCCCCGCCGCCCGCGGUCGGUCCCCGGGCCGCAGCCAUGGCCCCCCCGGGUGGUGGCGUCCCCCCGGGCCUCGGCGGCAGCCCUGCCUGCGCGCUGCUCCUGCUCUGCUACCUGAAUGUUGUACCGUCUUUGGGUAGGCAGACUUCCCUGACGACAUCGGUGAUAUCCAAAGCUGAGCAGAGCAUGGCUUACAAAGACUUUAUUUAUUUUACUGUCUUUGAAGGAAAUGUUCGCAACGUUUCUGAAGUCUCGGUUGAGUAUUUAUGCUCUCAGCCUUGUGUUGUCAAUUUGGAAGCAGUUGUUUCAUCUGAGUUCAGAAGUAGCAUUCCCGUGUACAAAAAAAGGUGGAAGAAUGAGAAACAUCUUCACACCAGCAGGACACAAAUAGUACAUGUGAAAUUUCCCAGCAUUAUGGUUUACAGAGAUGAUUAUUUCAUCAGGCACUCCAUCUCUGUAUCUGCAGUGAUAGUACGCGCCUGGAUUACUCACAAAUACAGUGGCGGAGACUGGAAUGCUAAAUGGGAGGAACACUUGCUCCACGCCGUAGCAAAGAACUACACCCUGCUGCAGACCAGCCCGCCUUUUGAACGUCCUUUCAAAGAUCAUCAAGUGUGCCUUGAGUGGAACACAGGUUAUAUUUGGAACCUUCAGGCAAACAGGAUUCCACAGUGUCCUCUGGAAAAUGACGUGGUUGCCCUGCUUGGCUUUCCUUAUGCCUCCAGUGGAGAAAACACGGGCAUUGUCAAGAAGUUCCUGAGGUUUCGAAAUCGAGAGCUGGAAGCCACUCGACGCCAGCGGAUGGAUUACCCAGUGUUUACUGUUUCAUUGUGGCUUUAUUUACUCCAUUAUUGCAAGGCCAACCUCUGUGGGAUUCUGUACUUUGUUGACUCUAAUGAGAUGUACGGCACACCUUCUGUAUUUCUUACAGAAGAGGGCUAUUUGCAUAUUCAGAUGCAUCUUGUCAAAGGAGAAGACCUUGCUGUAAAAACUAAGUUCAUCAUACCGUUGAAGGAGUGGUUUCGACUGGAUAUCUCUUUUAACGGAGGCCAGAUAGUAGUAACCACUAGCAUCGGACAGGAUUUGAAAAGCCACCAUAAUCAGACCAUUAGCUUCAUGGAGGAUUUCCAUUAUAAUGACACAGCUGGGUACUUCAUUAUCGGAGGGAGCAGGUAUGUGGCUGGCAUUGAAGGGUUUUUUGGACCCCUGAAGUACUAUCGCCUUCGCAGUCUGCACCCCACCCAGAUUGUUAAUCCCCUCCUUGAGAAACAACUUGCUGAACGAAUCAAGUUAUAUUAUGAAAGGUGUGCUGAGGUUCAGGAAAUAGUCUCUGUGUAUGCAUCCUCAGCACAGCACGGGGGCGAGAGACAAGAAGCAUGCCACCUCCACAACUCCUACCUGGACCUCAAGCACAGGCAUGGGAGACCCUUGAUGUGCAGAGCCUUCCCCUGGGAGAAAGAGCUGAAAGACAAACACCCCACCUUGUUCCAGGCAUUGCUGGAGAUAGAUUUGCUGACCGUGCCAAGGAACCAAAAUGAAUCUAUAUCAGAAAUCGGGGGGAAGAUAUUUGAAAAAGCUGUAAAGAGACUCUCUAGCAUUGAUGGUCUUCACCAAAUUAGCUCUAUCGUCCCCUUUCUGAUGGAUUCCAGCUGCUGUGGAUACCAUAAAGCAUCCUACUACCUCGCAGUCUUUUAUGAGACUGGACUAAAUGUUCCUCGGGAUCAGCUGCAGGGCAUGUUGUAUAGUCUUGUUGGAGGCCAAGGGAGUGAGAGACUGUCUUCAAUGAAUCUUGGGUACAAGCACUACCAGGGUAUUGACAGCUACCCCCUGGACUGGGAACUGUCGUAUGCCUACUACAGCAACAUCGCCACCAAGACACCCCUUGACCAGCACACGCUGCAAGGGGAUCAGGCAUAUGUUGAAACAAUUAGACUAAAAGAUGAUGAAAUACUCAAGGUACAAACCAAAGAAGAUGGAGAUGUCUUUAUGUGGUUGAAGCAUGAAGCUUCCCGAGGCAAUGCAGCAGCUCAGCAACGAUUGGCCCAGAUGCUGUUCUGGGGGCAGCAAGGUGUGGCCAAGAAUCCCGAAGCAGCAAUCGAGUGGUACGCCAAGGGCGCCCUGGAGACAGAGGAUCCUGCAUUAAUCUAUGACUAUGCCAUUGUGCUGUUCAAGGGUCAAGGAGUGAAAAAGAACAGACGGCUUGCCUUAGAGCUGAUGAAGAAAGCAGCUUCCAAGGGAUUGCAUCAGGCAGUCAAUGGCCUAGGAUGGUAUUACCACAAAUUCAAGAAAAAUUACGCCAAAGCAGCAAAGUACUGGUUAAAAGCAGAAGAAAUGGGGAACCCAGAUGCAUCAUACAAUCUUGGAGUCCUGCAUUUGGAUGGCAUCUUCCCUGGAGUUCCCGGAAGGAAUCAAACUUUAGCUGGUGAAUAUUUCCAUAAGGCUGCGCAAGGCGGACACAUGGAAGGGACCUUGUGGUGUUCUCUCUACUAUAUCACAGGCAACCUGGAGACAUUCCCUAGAGAUCCUGAGAAAGCCGUUGUAUGGGCAAAACACGUAGCUGAGAAAAAUGGCUAUUUGGGUCAUGUCAUUCGCAAAGGCCUCAAUGCCUACCUGGAAGGCUCAUGGCAUGAAGCUUUGCUGUAUUAUGUUUUAGCAGCAGAAACUGGAAUUGAAGUGUCGCAGACAAAUUUAGCACACAUCUGUGAAGAGAGGCCGGACCUGGCCAGGAGAUACUUGGGUGUUAAUUGUGUUUGGAGAUACUAUAAUUUCUCUGUUUUUCAAAUCGAUGCUCCUUCCUUUGCAUAUUUGAAGAUGGGGGACCUUUACUAUUACGGCCACCAAAACCAGUCACAAGACCUGGAGUUGUCUGUGCAGAUGUACGCCCAAGCUGCCCUGGAUGGAGACUCCCAGGGAUUUUUUAACCUGGCCCUGCUAAUUGAGGAAGGUACUAUAAUCCCACACCAUAUCUUGGAUUUCUUGGAAAUUGACUCAACUCUCCAUUCUAAUAACAUCUCUAUUCUCCAGGAACUGUAUGAAAGGUGCUGGAGCCACAGUAACGAGGAGUCCUUCAGUCCCUGUUCCUUGGCCUGGCUUUACCUGCACUUGCGGCUUCUCUGGGGCGCGGUCCUGCACUCAGCUCUGAUCUAUUUUCUGGGAACCUUUCUCCUGUCCGUAUUGAUCGCCUGGACUGUGCAGUAUUUCCAGUCUGUCUCAGAGUUUCUCCAUGUUGGGCAGGCUGGUCUCGAACUCCUGACCACAGAUGAUCCACCCACCUCAGCUUCCGGGAUUACAGCGAGCAAUCCCCCUCCAAGACCAUCCCGGGCCUCCCCAGACACUGCCACGUCCACUGCAAGUCCAGCUGUGACCCCGGCUGCAGAUGCCUCUGACCAGGACCAGGCCACAGUCACUAAUAACCUGGAGCCACGUGGGUGAACUGUGCACUCCAGUUCUCUCCAGAUGAGAGAAAAGCCUUUCAACAGCUGGUAUUGGGAAGCUGGGGCCAGGGCAUGAUCCUGAUGAACACCUUAAAUGUCUUGUCAACUGGAUGCAAAUCUUGCACUUGGUGUCAUUCUUUUUUUAAGUCAAAUUACAAGGAAGUACCCAGAUCAGGCAGUGGUAAUACCAAAGGUCAUCAAACACAUACAGGGAACAUCUUGAUCAAAGGGCAUGUGUGGAAGUUUACUGGGUCAUCACAGACUUUUGUUCCUAGUGAUUGAAUGUAUUAGGAGUCAUGGCUUGCCCUGUGGCUGAUCUGGAUCCUUAGACACUAAGAGGUGUCUUAAGAAUCACAGUAGAUGGUUCAUUCCUUUAUCAAAGAACAGAAAAUUAGGACUUCUCUACGGGGUAGAUAAGAUUUUGGUACCUGUGUUUGCCACAGCCCUGUUCCUCAAAGCCGAAUUGAUAGAUUCGCUUUGACUUCCAAGGCCCAGCAGUUAUAAGGCACCUUGAAAUAAAUUGUUUAUGCCUGGAAACGCAGGGAGGGUAAUGGCUUUGUAAAUUGGUUUACAUUUUUCUCCUUGAAUUUUUCUAGGGUCGUUGCGCUUCCAAAUCAUUUAAUGACAUUGUCGGAUAUCUUUUACAUUUCAAUUGCAAUCUAUGAAAUUACAUUUAGAAGAUUCUUAGUAUUUAAGUGUAGUCUUCUCCAUGAAUUACCCAUUAGAAUAGACUGGCAGCAACGGAAUAUGCAGAAAGUAAGCCUUUAGCUUAUAGUUUUAUUCCUACCCCUUUUGCCUGCCUGAGUCUGCACAGGGUGUGUGUGUGUGUGUGUGUGUGUGUGUGUGUGUGUGUGUGUUAGGGAGAGGAAGAGGAAGAGCAGAAUGCCUGUAUACUACAUGCUGCUAAGGUAGUAAAUAAAUCGGUAAUGCAAUAUUGUGGGUCCAAACUACUCUUUGCACUACUUUAUUUACAGUAGUAAAUAAAAUUAUUUUUAUACAAUUGA